CUGGAUGACUCUGCCCUACUAUCGCUUCCAAUAGAUCAGACCAGUGUCAUGGCUGGUCGGGAAAUAAUCCCCAAAUUAAAUCUAUAGGUUUCGUAUAUAGGGACACAGAUUGUCCAUUGUUUUGUUUUUUUAUGUCACUCAUCAGAAAAACAAUGCCAAUGGAAAGUCAAUUAGGAAUCCGUAUUCGUAAAUUAAUCCACAUGACCAAGCAACAGUCAGAGCAAGUGACAAACUUUAUAACAUCCAAAAAAGAAGACUUUUGUUGGGCGGGAUGGGAGGUGGAUCCCCUUCUGGUUUGUGGUCCAACAAACAGGACUUUCAGCCUGAAGACUGGUUCUACACCACGUUUUGGUUUUAUGGUGGUAGUUUCCCAAACUGCUCGCUGAAAGUGGACACGUCCCAGGACGGCAGUGGCGGCGGCGGGGACACCAUCAGCCACUCCCUCACCGUGGUGCAGCGCCUGGAGGCCCUGCUGCUGCAGGGGAACGGCAGCGACGUGUCUCUGAGGGUGGAGACGCCCAGCGCUGAUGAGGUGAAGGUGAUCCAGGCCCACUCCCUGGUGCUCUCCCUGCAGAGCCCCGUGUUUGAGGAGAUCAUGUUGAGACGCAACGGCAGCACGCUGGUCCUGAAGGAGAGCUCCGACUGUGCCGCUGUGUUCGACAAGUUCAUCAGGUAUCUGUAUUGUGGAGAGAUCUCUCUGCGUCUGGACCAGGCCCCACCUUUACACAAGCUGGCCGCUAAGUACCAAGUGCUGGGCCUCCAGCAGGGCAUCACCCAGUACAUGACCCAGAAUCUGGGCCGGGACUCCUCAUCAGGCCACGUGGCGGGCUGGUACGAGUACGCCCUGCAGGCCGGGGACGCGACCCUGAGGGACAGCUGUCUCCAGUUCAUGGCCUGGAACCUGUCGUCGGUGCUGCAGAGCGGCGAGUGGCCGACCAUCAGCAGCCAGCUGCUCAUGUCGCUGCUGCAGCGCUCCGACCUCAUCCUGCAGAGCGAGAUGGAGCUCUUUGCGGCGCUGGAGGCCUGGAUCAUCCAGAACGAGCCCGAUGGCCUGACGGCGGAGAACGCGCUGAGAGCCGUGCGUUACGCCAUGAUGCCGCCGCGGGAGCUCUUCCGCCUGCAGACCCACUCGACGGUCCUGGUCCGCUAUCAGGAGUCGGUGCGUGACCUGCUGUACAUGUCCUACCAGUUUCACUCCGCGUCGCCGAUGCACAUGGCCAAAUACUUCGACGUGAACUGCAGCCUCUUCAUGCCGAGGAACUACCUGUCGCCGCUGUGGGGGUCGCCCUGGAUCAUCAGCAACCCGGCGCGGGACGACCGCAGCACCAGCUUCCAGACCCAGCUUGGGCCCAGCGGCCACGACUCCAGCAAGCGGGUGACGUGGAACGCCAUGUUCUCGCCUCGCUGGCUCCCAAUUGGCAUGAGGCCGAUGUACACGGAGGCGGGCGCCAUGCAGCCGACUCGAGUGGAUGGAGGGCGCCCUCGCAUCAUCAUCACGCCGGCCACGUCAAGCGCCGAUUUCGCCGGGGUGAACUUCCAGAAGACGGUGCUCGUGAUGGCGCAGCAGCAGGGGAAGGUGGUGGUGAAACACGUCUACAACUUCCACCAGAGCACCGAGGAAACCGGGGAUUUCUUGGCCGAGGCCGACCUGUACCGCCGGAUGUCCGAAUACCUCAUCGACAGCUCGCUCUUCCUCCACAUUGUGGUGAAGCCGCUGUACCAAACCCUCAUCACCAUUAAGAACUGACCCUCCACCCACAAUCCAACCUUGUGAAGCCACAUCUCGCUCAUAUCACGUCACGGGGAAAUGGAUCUGAAUCCUCCUCGUGUGUGAUGUUUGGAUCAAUUGUCUCGUCUCUUGUCUGCUGUUUUCAUUGGGCAACUAACAAUCCAAAACUCGUGACUAUCUGAGAGCUUUUUGUAAAAUCAUGAUGAAACAUGUGUCUUAAAGGAUUAGUCUGGUGCUAUUCUGUAUUUUUAUUGAUGUCAACAAACCCCAUGAAUAGACAAAUAGAGGAGUGCCAGAGCUCCAUUUGCUCCAUUUUGCAACAUAAAAACUUUGUUUUCGCAAUGAGGAAGUAUUAGAUUAUUAUUAUUAUUGAACUCUUCCAUUUCCAUGCAGCUAUUUUAAUGCAGUAUUUCAAAAUGCACUGGGUGACACGCUCUUUCAUCACCCGAACAUACACACUGUAGUUUAUUUGGACGCAGUCCAACAUAAACACAGUCCUGCUGCCACAAAUUCUCACUAGAGCAUCAAAUGUGGAUUCAUCCGCUGCUGAAAAUAGUCCAUGACAAACGCACUAUUUCCUCUUGUUUCACUAGUGUAUGUUAAAAACUACAAAGCUACGCUUUUUUUAAAGACAAUAAAACUAUAUAUUUAUGUUGUUUUUUUUUUAAAGAUAUCAGCAUUAGCCAAUGUUCUUUUGGCUGAAAGCCACAUACUGUUGGUUUUAGUCUUUUCAUGGGAUUUGUUUAAAAAAAGUAAAAUAAAAUAAUAUUGCCGGUCUCAUCCUUUAUGCUUUCUGUUCCUGCUAUGUUUUCUUUGUAUUGUUUUUGAAAUAUUGGUGCUAUAUGACCCCUUCUACAAUCAAGGGGUCACAGUUGUCAUUCAUCACCCAGUGAGCACUGAUUAGAUGAUUUGCAGGUUAAACUUCAUCUAGAUGUCGAGAUUACCAGCAUUUCAACAACUAUAUUUCAAAGUGAAAUAAAGACCUUUAAUGUUGCUGAAACAAACACUUCCCAGUUGUUACAUGGCCCUUUUUUUUUAUUUUUACCUGCUUAUCUCUAAAUCAGUGCUUACAGGGAACUAAACAUUCAUCCUGUUGAACUUCAGGUGCUCCAACAGACUGUCAGUCAUAAUGUAUUUACAAAACCUCUCUUAUAAGUUCUGUAGAUGUCCGACUACCUUUUCAUAAUAUUUAAUUUAUGUGAUUAAAGUCAUUGCUUAGAUCCACUGUUGCAUUAAUCAAUGUU